AUGGCGGAGACAAGAAAGAAUAAUAAGAAAGAGGUGAUCCGAUUAGAGCCAGAAUCUGUCAUUCCAAUUCUCAAGCCUAAGCUCACCGUGCACCUAGCCAACCUCAUUGAGCAUACUUCUGAUCGCACUGAAUUUCUGAAACUCUGCAAGAGAGUUGAGUACACAAUUCGAGCUUGGUAUCUUUUACAAUUUGAGGAUCUCAUGCAAUUGUACUCCCUCUUUGAUCCUGUGUAUGGGGCGCAGAAAUUGGAUCAGCAGAACUUAUCUCCAGAUGAAGUUGACAUUCUUGAACAGAAUUUUUUGACGUACUUGUUUCAGGUAGAAUGCAAUACACAAGAAGGAAGAGACUCGUAA